AUGAACGGUGUGAACUCGUUGUCCAUCGAAAAAACAAAUCACAGCAUCUCCCGCGGCCACAUCAAGGUUAUUGUUGUGGGAGCUGGCGUGGCUGGCAUUACUCAAGCCGCGACUCUUCUAGAUGACAAGACUAUCACCACGAAAGAAAUGGUGGUUUUCGACGUCCUAGAUGGGUUCGGGGGAGUCUGGGAGAAGAAUCGAUAUCCUGGAUGUGCAUGCGACGUUCCUGCUUUGAUGUAUUCCAGUCGAAUGAUGAUUAAUACUGAAUAUACACAUACGUAUGCCACACGCGACCAGAUCCAGACCUUUUACGAAAGGAUGGCACACCAUUACGGAGUCGACCGGUGUACCCAGUUCAGGACUUUUGUCAACAGCUGUCGAUGGGACGAUCAAAGUUUUGUCUGGCAUGUGCAGACGGAAAACCAAAAUUCUGGUAGCCUCGAGCACUGGACUGCCGACGUUGUCAUCCAUGCCAUUGGUAAUCUAGAUCGCCCUAAGUUUGGUGGCAUUCCAGGUCUCGAAGACUACCAAGGUCUAUACUGGCAUACGUCGGCUUGGAACAGUGACGUCGAUCUAACUAAUAAGCGAGUGGCUGUAGUCGGCUGCGGUCCAAGUUCGGCUCAAAUCAUUCCUGAGAUCGUGGAUAAGGUGGAACAUUUGACGGUAUAUAUGCGUACGCCGCCUAUGGUCUUACCGAGAGAAGACUUCAAACAUUCAGACACAUUCAUGUGGUGUAUGAGACAUUUGCCUUUGUUUGCUAUCGCUGUUCGCUUCAUAGAGAUCAUGAAAGGAUACAUCUUUGGCCAACUGCUCGUCACCGAGGGCAGUUGGUUGAACGAAUCUUUCACGAAGAAGGGCCAUGACUUCCUUGAGCAGCAAGUCAAAGAGCCUGAGCUACGGGAUAUCUUGCGGCCAGAUUUCAAAUUUCUAUGCAAACGACCGUUGUUCUUGAACACUUUCUAUCCAUCCCUCAUGAAACCAAACUGCACCUUGGCGAAAGAAAAGAUCGUCCGUUAUACUAAAACGGGGAUCAUCUCAUUAGACAGGAUCACUAACGAAGAAAAUAAGCGAGAUUUCGAUGUUAUUAUCAUCGGAACGGGCUUCAAUGCAGCUCAAUUCCUUGAACACGAAAGGGUGAUCGGUAGAAAUGGCAUCGAUCUACAGGAACAAUGGAAGGAAUAUCCUUCAAGUAUCUACGGCGUGGCCACUUCGAACUUUCCCAACUUCUUCUACUGCAACGGCCCAAAUGCCAAUACUUUCUCCUCUAACAUCCACGACAUCAACGAACUCGCCUCCAAGUUCAUUUCAAUGCUAGUCAGAGAAAUCUUUCGACGCAACAAGCUCGGACUAAAGUUCGCCAUGAUGCCUGAGCCGCAGUUUGAGGACGUUUACAAUAAAGAAAUCCAGUGGAAGCUCAGGAAUGUGGUUAUGCAGAAUCCAAAUUGCGGCAAUUCUACUGUGAAAGACCAGAACAAUCAUAACACCGUGCUGCAUCAUCGACACAUCUUGGUUAUGAAAUGGAGGCUGCGGUCUAUUAACUGGAAGGAAUGGAUCGCUCUACAAGCACCACCAGGAGAAAAACAAUCCCCUGUUACGAAGGCAUUCCUCAAUUAA